GAUUUGUCUAUACCUAAAUCGCACUUACCAAAUAUUGACCAAGCUAAUGUGGCUAAAAAUUCUAAUGCUAGUGCCAGUGACAGAGCCACGAGUUUUCAACUCAAGGCACAUGUUAUUAAUGAGGUUGAUACGGUCAAUAAACUGACAAAAAAAGUAAGAGGAGAAGAUGACAUGUAUGCUAUAAUCGAACGUGAACGCAGAGAAGUAGAAGAAGCUGAACGCGA